ACCUCUUUUUUUUCUUUCGGCCCAACACUUCAAAAUCCACCCAAAAAUUCCACAAUGGCAUUCCACUUUCUUUUGGCUACAGUGCAAUUUUCUUGGCAAUUGGGCAAUGGAGACAGCAACACACGGCGCGCUUGGACGCUGGUCAGACGCGGCGGCUAUUCCCCUGCGACGGCGACGGCUCCUCCACGCGGCGGCGGCUCCUUCUGCCACUGCUCCUGCGUGCGGCGGUCGGAAGGCAAACGGUGGCGGCGAUCUCGGCUCCUUCGCUUGCUGCGGUCCCCCUGGAACUAGCGACGGCGACACGAUUCGGAUGGCGGCGGUCUGGAUCUGCCCGAUUGAAGGGGGCAGCGGUGAGUCUCAAGGGACUCACUUCCUGCUGCGGCAGUGCUUCGUGGGGAUCGUCGGGGAUGGUGGUGCUCCGGCGGCAGCGACCCUCACUCCGGCUCCUGCUGCUGCACACAGUUCUUCUCCAAAAAACCCAGGUGACACUCCUCUGAUUCCGAUUAGUUUCUGCUGAUCGGAUUUCCGGUGUGUUAACAAACCAAAGCUCCGAUACCACUUGUUGGGAUAAACGCACGCGGAAACAACACACAAUCACGAAUCAACUGCAGAAAAAUAAACGACACAGGAUUUAACGUGGUUCGGCCGCCAACUGCAACCUACGUCCACACGGGGCAACUAGGAGGAUUUUAUUAUUUGUUGUUGCACCACAAUUACAAGCACAUUAGCAUCUCUUAAAUAGAGAUUAGUUAGGGAG